GUCCCAAAGCUUUAAACCGGAAGAGUGAAUCUAAACAAACUACUUGAAACAGUUUCCUCGCUACGGUAUCAUUUAGUUAUUUGCAAAAUUUCUUUUUUUAAAUCCACGCAUCUGAUUUGGUCGAGUUAAAAAACACAGCCUUCAUCAAUUCGAUAAGGUUCUUGCGUCGACGACAGCGAAUAUUUAGCUAGCUGCUAGCGGGUGUUAGCUACAGAGCUAAACUGUCUGCGCCAACGACUUCUUGAUAAACAGCACCAAUGCCUCAGGAGGGAGAGCAGACUCUCCCCUUAGUUCGCUCUCUGAACAGUCAGAUACGCGUUGAUGCAGUGUUUUGUAACCGCAGCCCGUAUCUCGUCCGGCCGUUAUGGAUAGACUACCGAGGGGAGCCACAGGCGUAUGAUGAUAUACGGCCUGGAACGGGUCGUAAGAUGACCACCUACGUCGGUCACCCAUGGAUGUUCAGAGAUGCAGAGACUGAUGAGCCUUUGAGAGGGAACUGCAAAGAGCUGCUUGUUCCUAAGCCAGAAGAGGCUGAAAAUGCUCUGUUUGUUAGUAUCACUUUACCAGUCUACACUCUUAAGGAUCGUGCUCUUCAGGUUAUUCGGCGUCUCGUGCGACCAGAAGACUACAGGAGGUUGGAAAUAGCACGCUGUCUCCACGAGGAGCUUGAAGAUAAACCCAGCGUGUUGAAAGAUCUCCGCCGCAUAAACCAUCGAGUAGAAAUGCAUCUGCUGGAGAGGAUACAAGACCAGGAGGAAUGAUGGAUAUUUAUUGCAUAACGACAGCAGUACUGCACUGUACAGUUGUAGAAAGUAAAGAGUUGAGAGCUUGUGAAAUUAGAAUAAAUGCUGAUGUCACUUCUUGGAGGAGUCGCAGCUCCUGUAAAGUCUUACAUUUGCUGCAAAGGACAGACAUUGUCACUCAGCGUCCUCAGGAACUGCCUUCGUCAGCAGAAAAAAAGGGUUGCUUUGACCUUUCAGUAAGAGUUUUUAUUCAGUUAUUCUUAAUGGGACUGCUUAAAGAUGAUCAUACCUAGUUCGGCUAAGUAGACAGCUCUCCUCCAAAACAUCUUUGAUAUCUUAGCUGCUAAGUUCAGCAGAGGGAUGUACUAUGAAACAAGUUUAACAUAACCAGUCUUUGUAUUAACUAGCUGCACAAAACUGAAAACCUCAACUGUUAAAAUUGUCAGUCAACUCUGGCUGUUAUCAGCUUGCUUUAUUAACCCCGACUGUAACUUAAAGGGGGCGUUUAAUGCCGCUAUUUUCUACCACAGUGGCUACACAUUAGAGCUGUUAAAUGUCAAACUUGACAGAUACAUGAUAUUUAAGAAGUGCAUUUUUUCCUGACACUAUCCCGUCAUGGAUGUGUCACAAUCACUUUCGUUUUUGGCCAAAUGAAAGUGAAAUGGAUUUUGCUGAUGGAAUGUUGUCUGUGGUAAAUACCAAUAAACUUUCCACUUUUCUAAUUUGCCUUAUAUUCGCUGCAGUGUAAAACUUACCUGGCACCAAUUCAGGACCAAGUAUAAAAACAUGUUUGUGUUCUCUGCUUCACCAAAUGAAUGCAUGUAGGUCCCUGUUGCUAUGCAGUGCAUACAGUUUGCUCUGCUGUCACUGCACGGCUUCAUUCAACACAGCUAACAGGUUUGCAGAUAUUCCCUAAACUGAGAGUCUUUGGGAAUAUCUUAGGAAACAAUUUGCUUAAAGGGAGACAUUUCUUACAACCAAUUUAAAUCCCAAACUCUGAAUAUAACCUCCUCCGAAGCAGGUUAAGUGUCCAGCAUCAGUUGCCAUGGUGAUGUAGGUGGUUAAAAAACAGCCAUCUUCAUUACACUGAAAACUCUGACUUUGGGUUUAAUGUGUAUCACUAAACCACUAAUCUGGCUUCAUAGUACAGCCCUCAAGGAUGUUUUUGGAAACAAUCAGCGAGGUUUAGCUUUGGCACUUUAAAUCAGGGGAAUGAUUGAGUGAUGGGAGCAGACUUCUGGUGAGACUGUUGUAAAUGUCAUAAAUGUGCCUGCUGAUUAUAUUUCAACACUUUUGUUGACUGGACAGAAUCUUCUAAAGUCUUGCAGCUAUUUUCCAGCAGAAAACCUACUUUGUUAUUCUUCUCUUCUUUUGUUCUUCUGCCCCUCUGCUUUUCAUUCAUCGAGGGCUGCUGUUUCUGAACUACUUCCAUUGUUUACAGUCUUGGGGUAAUGCAGUUAAUGAAUUACUUAUUUACUCCCUGUAGACAGUAAUUUAUUUCAGGACUAUUGGCAUUACUUUUGCCUUACUACGCAACAUUGCCUGCGAUGCAUUGUGAACUAGCUGCCAGUUAGCAAUACAACAGUAAGCCUUUCAUUUGCCCACAUAUCUGUGCAAAUUCUUAUUUUAUUAGGAGAAACAUGCAAAAGAUCUUUCCUUUCUCUUUUAUAAAGUAUUACCUCAAAUCUGUCUGUAAAGUUGGUGAAAGCCAGCCUAAAGAGCAUUUUGCAGAAAAAUGUGACAACUGUCAGUAGGUUAUACUGCUUCAAACUAUUAGGAGUAACUGCAAUGUGAUUACUGAUUUUUGGAACAAUAUUGCAUUACAUUACUGCAUUACAGACGGAUUGUUGGAGAUUCCAGUAACGUGUCACCCCUAAGACUGUUUAUUUUCAUGAUGAAUAAAUUACAGAUAGAUUUAUGACUGGUUAAAAUGUUCUUCAAAGGGUAUUACUUUUUUGUUCAGCCUUUAAGUGCAGCAAUUAUUUUGACACUGAUAGUGAAAUGACCAAACCACUCAAUUUAAAGACCAUACUGGGAUGCUGGAAUGGGUCAGUUUGAUGUGUUUGGGAGUGUAUUUAAUGAUGUGAUUUUCUGAUAUAUAACGUAAGAAUGACUUGCUGAUGUCAAGCACAUGACAAUACAUUUUGUUCCAACUUAUUUGUCAUUUAUCUUUAUAAUAUAAAAUAAACAGAGAACACCAAAGAA